AUUUCUCCCCUUGAAAAAAAAAAAUAAUUAAGUUUUAUAAGUGAAGAUUAAAAAGAUAAAAGAAUACCACAUUAAUUGCAAAGGAAUAUGAAUUCCAAAGAGCUUUAUUCGAUUAGAGAAUGGGCUCCUUUAACAGAUGUACUGGAUCGCAUACCAACACGUAUAAAUCGUGGCCUAUUUCAGGCGGAUCUCAAUAUAACAUGUAUCGAUGCAGUGGAGGAGUUUUUUGCCCUGGGUACAGAUGCCGGUAUGGUGUUUUGGUACAAUAGACAAACCGGAGAUAUACAGAAAUUAAAAGCAGAGACCACAACACGCAUAACAUGUGUAAAAAUAGUCGAUUCGGUGGAGUACAUGGUGGCGGCGGGCAACUCAAGUGGUCAGGUUAAUGUCUUUCAAAUCCAAAAGGAAAUGCCGCCCGAUUUAAAUUUGGUAGCACCCUGCACCAAAAGCAAGCCCAUAGAACGUUAUACUAUAAGGGAUUUGCAUCAGUGUGCUUUAAGUUGCUGUGAGUGGUCGAAAAAUGGCAUGAAAUUGUAUUCGGGAGAUCGUAAUGGUGUGGUGGUGCUGACAGAGUUUGAUUAUCAGGCGCACAUUAGCAAAUCCAUUGAAAUCUUAAGUGAAGCUUAUGAAAUCGUUCAAUUAAGUGCCCAUCAGGGCUUUUUACUUGUGUCCACACUUUAUCGUUCUAUUGUUUGCCAACGUAAUGCAAAAUCAUCAAAAAAUGACAAUUGGAUUGUUACGCAAAUCGGCAAAAAGGAUCGCAAGCAAUUGGUGGACUGUGGUGGUACAUUUUUCAAACAGUCCUCAACGUCCAAUGGCAAACGUCCACGUUUAAUAUGCGGUCGGCCUAAUUUACGUUUCUGGCUGGCCGAUACCGAGGGCAAUGUGGAGAAGACUUUGUUAUUUCGUGAUGCUGUUACACAAAGUCCCACCUGGGAGAUACCGAUAUUGAAUCCAAAGUUUUCUAUGCAUAAUAAAUCAUUGUUAACUUCCACAUUUUCAUCACCAUCAAUGCAUACAGACGAAGAAUUGCCCGCUAUUGGUGAUGUCCGAAAUUUUCGCAAUAUCUAUUCGUAUGCGGGAGAAGACACACUAAUAGUGACGCACGAUGAAAGGGCUUUGUAUGUUUUAAAUUUAGAGCGUUUAAGGGUAGAGGCGGUGGCUAAAGGUUUUCGUAAAAUCAUUGAUUUUUGUGUCUGGAAUAAGGAGAUAUUUGUAUUGGAGGGUGAACGUUCGCUAUUGCGUUUGGCCCCCAUGCCAGAGAAACCAAAUAAGACAGCCAAAAUUAUAUACAAUCCCUCUUUGCCGCAUCCAGUGCCCAUAUUGGGCUCCUCCAUAUGUGGUUCCUUUGAGGCCCCUGUUGAAUAUGAGCCCGAAGAGCAGCCCAUUACAAAUGCCGAGGAAUGCUUUGAAUUACCACCCAUAGAACCAUUGAAUCUCCAAAUACCCAUUGAAUUGGCAGUUGAAUCUUCAAAAGCUGAACAAAAUAGACGCUUAGAGGUUUUUAAAGAAAUUUCCGAAAUGGACUUUGAUGAUGAUAUUUUACAUCACAGUGGCAUAUUAAUGAAAAAUGCACGCAAAAAACGUCAUAAAAGUCGGGAUAGUUCGAGGGACAAUAAUAAACAAGGAGGUAUUGUGGAAAUUGGCCAUGCUGUGGUGCAAGAUGACAAUGAAGUGGAAGCUGCUGAAAAUAAUAAAAAGAAAGUGGAGUUUACUACGGCCUCCACUAAAAUGGAGGCAAGUUUUUGUAGCAGGGAGAGUGAGAAAAGCAUCUCCUCUUCCACCAUGGGUCUAAAUCUCAAAGAAGCCUUUAGCCAACACUUACCAAACGUCUUAAGUCCUACAACACUUAAGCAAACUAUAGCCGAAAAAGCCAAAUCAUUGGCAGAAGAAUUAGAUCUGCCCGAAGUAUCAUUACAGCCCAUAACCGACGAAGAAUUAUGUCUAUCGAAAUAUUUAUCACAACCACCAGCUCCCCAACCACCACAACAACUAUCUUCUCCCUUGGCCACAAUAUAUCCCACUGAAAAUAUCUUCAAAGAUACCAGCAUACAAACGACACCCCAAAAAAAGCUCUACUACAUAGAAGAACAAACUAUAACAGAUUUUACAGAUGGCCAGCCCAUUGAGGAUAUCUGUCACACCCUAAGAGCCACUACUAUAAUUGAAACAAAUAAUGUGGAAGAGGAAAAUGCUACUGAGGCAGCAAAUAAAUCUUUAAAAUUUAUUAAUACUCAACCGGAGAACAAUUAUGAAAUUGAGAGCUUUUUAUUGGAUUUUAAAAGAGCUGGAGAUCCUCUAAGUAAGCCCAGUGUAAAUCCAAAUCUCCCACCAGCAUCUAGUGCUAAAUCUGAAAAUGAGUCUUCAACUGGUUCAUCAAGUGAAUGGGAAUUUUUGGAUAAUUAAUUUCGCAAAUGAAAGUAAACAGUCUUUAAAAACUAUACAUUCCUUAAAAUCAUAAUUAAGUAGCAGUUUUAAACUUUAAACUAACAAAAUAGAACAAAAAAAAUAGUAGAUAAGACAAAAUUCAGCCGAUUUAUAAUGAAAUUGAAGGCCAUGUGUAACAAAAAAGCAUAAAAUGAAGUUUCGACAACCAAGCUUUUGGGAAAAAUUCGGCAUAUCGCUAAAUUAUUUAUUUUCAAUUUAGCAAAACAAAAAAUAAACUCAAAACCAAAAUUUCAUUAUAGAAACACCUAUUACCUAUAUGUUUGUGAUUUAUCUUGUAUUAUUUUAUAUGAUCUGUGGUUGUUUACUAAAAAUCACA